AUGACCAUGGAUUGGUCACCGAUCUGCGUGGCCUCAACAGCCAUAGGCGCAUCAAAAGAGCUAGAUAAUGAUGCUACAUCUCCGGAAUGCAGAGACACCGGAUCUCGGUCUCCCAUCGCGCGAGAGAGCGAUUCUCCCUCCAGUCACGAGGAUCCAGCAUCGCCAUCUUCCUCGAAUAGUGAUAUUCAAGCCUCCCCAGCUGCAGCUGUUGCCAUCCACCCAGAGGACAAUCUAACUACUCAUCAUUUCAAAAGCGUUGAAUGGACGCCGGACGGGACCACACUCCUAGCCGAAUCGGCAAAUCACUGUAUCCGAACCUUCAUCUUACCUCCGGACCUGUUAGAGGGAGAAAAACCUCAUCGUUUGUCACCAUACUCCACACUUGCUUCGGCCGAGCCGACGUAUGCGUCGGCCGUAUACCCUUUUUUCAACCUCCAAGAUCCAACAACCUGUCUGUUUCUCUCUUCGGUCCGUGACCAUCCAAUCAGAUUAGCAUCCGCUCUGGUCCCGACAUCAGUCGCGAGCUAUGCAUUGGUGAACCCGAUGACUGAGGCGUUCAUCACCCCUCACUCCAUACUGUAUCCCUCCACGCUUGGUGGAACCCAUUUUUUGACAGGAUCGGAUAGCAUGAUCUGCCUUUUCGACGUCUCUCGUUCAGGUAAUGAAGGUCCUGUGUCUUGGAUGCCGACCAUCCCCAGUAAGCGCAAGCAAAUUGUGGGUGGGGGUGUUGGGAUGAAAGGCAUUGUAUCCGCCAUGGCCGUCAACCCCACUGGAGAUGGUAUUCUUGCUGCCGGGACUUUCACUCGACACAUCGGGCUGUACAGCUCCAACGGCUCGGGGGAGUUGCUUGGGACCUUCAAUAUUGCAAAGACCGAAGCGAACCGGGAUAUCGGAGGCAAAGGUGUCACCCAGCUCACAUGGAGUCCUUGUGGUAGGUAUUUAUAUAUAGCUGAGCGCAAAUGUGAUGGCGUUCUGGUAUAUGAUAUCCGCGUGACAGGGCAGAUGCUCGGGUAUUUGCGGGGGCGGAAUGCGUUGACGAACCAGCGUAUGAACAUCGAUGUUGUCAACUCCGGUGCUGAGGGCUCUCAUGAGGUUUGGGCGGGUGGGAUUGAUGGUAUCAUGAGGGUGUGGAAGGACCCUGCGUUCACCGUGGGUGCCCACGAUCCAGAUUGGGAAUUCAAGGUGCAUGAUGAUGCCGUCACUAGCGCAGCGUUUCAUUCCUCAGGAAGUGUUGUGGCUACCUGCUCGGGUCAACGGCGGGAUGAAAACAGUGGACCGGCGGACAACAGCCUCAAAGUCUGGUCGAUGCCUUUUUUGAACUCGGAGUGA